GCGGCGGCCGUACGUGUGUGUGCGUGCGUGCGCGCGACUUCUACGACUUCGUUCGGCCCGACCGUCGCGGUGCGCCUCCCGUUCAUACCUGCGCUGGCGGUGAUCGCGGGAUUGCGCGCGCAGUGCAGUAGCUAGCCUGUCGCCCUCGGUCGCCGUCCCGGUGUCUUCGCGCUCCCUUCAUCGAGUCCAACGGCGCCGGCCGCUCUUGGAGCGGUGCACUUUUUCCUCGUUUCUUCAACUCGCCGUUGUGCUCAAACGUCGUCGACGGUUUGUCGUCGUCCGCACUGAUCUGACCUGUCCGAGUGCCGAUUUGCCUCCUGCCACUACUUUUUUUUUUUCUUUCUUUCUUUGAUGAAAUCUUGCGGUUCGUGCCUCUGUUGGUGUCGCCAGUGAAUCGGCCUCCAGCACCGGUGUGUGCGCGAGUCAGUGUUCUAUUUUUGUUUGUGUGUGUGUGCGUGUGUUUUGUGCGCGUGUGCUACCGGAGUUGUAAACAGGAUGGAUGCGUGAUCUGUGGUGGUGACCGCCCCCCAGUGCCUCUUCAUCGGCUGCGAUCUUCGCACCCGCCGCUUCUUGGAUUACGUGCCCCGCCUAUUGCACCCGUGACUCGAGCACGUGCUCCCUCUCGGACCCUGGACCCAGUUGUGAACGGCUGCUUCAUUGGCUUUGCAACUGUUCCAAGGCCGCGGGACACUUCUCACUGGUGGUCCCCCGAGGGUGCAGGCGAGGCGACGUGCUGAGAUCGUCGAGAGGGAUGCCACAUCGGACCCCCCUGAGUGCGCCCCAUCUGAAUAGAGGGCGCUGAGUAACCACACCGCUCCGCAUGUACGACCAGCAUGAGGACAACUGGGGAUACGAGAGCCUGUACACCAGCAUGGCCUGCGUUGACACUCGGGCCUCGGCCCGGACUCCCCGGGAGCUUCUCUACGGGGACGACGACGAGGACUGCUGCGACGUUGCCUCGCUGCCUGAGGCCGUCGGAGCAGGACUCUCUGACAGGACGUUGUCGGAGUACCGGCUUCCCAAAUGUGACCCAUCUUUGGAGGGUUGGUCUGAGAUGAGCGUGGUCACCAAUGUAGUUCUCAAAAAGCGGAGGAAGCCGGAAAACAAACCCCAGUCGCAGUUAAAAAACGAACACUCGCAAGAAUGGGUUUGCGGCUCUUCCCCCGCUAAAGAAGGAACAUUAAAACACUCGAAGAAGGAAAGGGGAUUGGAAAAAAACACUGCAAAAAAACACACACAACACAGAAAGCCUGGAAAAAUGAUGUUACCAGUCUUAGCUAGGAAGAAGUGCCUUAAUGAGAAGCACCGGCGGGAGCAGGAGAACGUCUACCUGGAGGAACUAGCAGAACUGAUCUCUGCUAGCCUGUCUGACAUGAAUUCCCUGUCCGUCAAGCCAGACAAGUGUGCCAUACUGCAGGAGACGGUCAACCAGAUUCGCCGGAUCAAGCAGCAGGAGGCGAGUGGCGGCGGAGGCCUUGGCGAGCUGCAGCAGAGUGAGGUGUCGUCGAGCAAGCCGACCAUCCUGGGCAGUGACGUGCUGGGGCCCUUGCUCCUCGAGGCGCUGGACGGGUUCCUGUUUGUGGUCAACACCGAGGGGCGCAUCGAGUUUGUGUCGGAAAACGUCUCGUCCUUCCUGCAGUACGGCCAAGGGGAGCUGGACGGCACGAGCAUCUACAACAUCCUGCACCACGGCGACCAUGGCCGCUUCAGCAGCAAUCUGCUGCCCAUGUCGCUGGGCGCCAAUGGCCUGGGCUGGACCGAGGCCGGUGGCAAGAGCCGCUCGUUUCAGUGCCGCUUCCUGCUGCGCCCACCCGACGCCGAGGACAAGCAGAAUAGUGCGCGCAUCGCCCCCCUCUACGAGAAUAUGCACAUCUCUGCCAUCUUCCUGCCCUACCCCAACGGCUCCGGCACGGGAGGCGCAGGCAGCGGCGAUGAAUCCGGCGCAGACUCCGAAGUGCAAAACUGCCUGGUCUGUGUGGCUCGCCGUAUCCCCGCGAACGAGAAGAUUCCAGCCUCUGUAGGUGUGGAGCAGUUCACGACACGCCUCGACCUCAGUGGCAAAAUUCUUGCUGUCGACACCAGUGGUGUGUCGUCGACGUACAGCCAGUACCUCAACAAGUCCCUCGUGGGACGUGUGAUCCAGGAGCUCUGUGAUUCCAGGGAUCUCCACAAGUUGGAUCAGCAUCUUAAAGAGACCCUCCAGCAGGGUCAGCACACGAGCGCCAUUUACCGGCUUCAGGUGACGCCCGACAAGUCUCUGCUAGUGCAGACCAAGAGCAAGCGCUUCAACUACAACCAGGUCACGAGUGAGCCAGAGUUCAUCAUGGCCACCCACUCCAUCAUCCGGGACAGCGAGGCCCCGUCCCCGGAUGAGCUGAGCAGGGUUCCGACACCAGUCAACGGGGCACCCUCCUCCUCGUCAUCGGGCCCUGCCCCCAGUGGUAGCGGAGGCACCAGUGGCGGUGUGGUAGGGACCGUGGUGACUAGUGGACCCCCGUCAGUGUCUGCCGCGGGUGGGAGCACUGCGGCCGCUUUCUUUCACCUGAGCCCCUCUUCUUCGGGAGGCAGCCAGGACUUUAACCUGCUCUCCAUGGAGAUGUUCCCGUCCACCUCCUGGCCUGAGGAGGAAGACCUCUCUUCGGCACACACGCCUAAGGGUGGCAAGAGCGUGGCCGAUGAUGGUGACGAUGAUUACGGCUCCUCGUCCUUGCCACCCCCUGCAUCGACGCCAGGGGCUGUGAGUGCUCCCUCGCCCUACACUACCGGGGGCACAACCUCGUCGUCGGAGGACGGUGGGGCGCAGAAGCUGCGCAACCUGCUGACCCAGGGCCUCGGUGGGGGUGGCGGUGUGAACGACGAGACGGACGCCCCGAGCAGCAGCCGGUCGGAGAACGUCAUCCUUCGAGAGCUCCUCAACCAGGACGACGAGGAGGAGCGGCAGGAGGGGAACAACAUGCUCAGACGGGUGAGCAGGAAACGCCCAGCACUCCGUCAGUUGCUGAAUAGCGAGGACAAUGGGGACAAGAGUUUCCGCAGGUCACAGGAUCUGCUCAUUCAGCAGCUGCUCAAGGCCGAGUCGCCCGACAAGCCCGAGGGUGCGGAAGAAGGCGGCGCCAAGCGCAAAAGCCAAGGGGAUGGGCCGGAGGCUGAUCAGGCACCCAAGCGCCCCAACAUGACGGGCACGCGACCGCCGACGAUUGCCCGUGUCAAUAUCCCAAAGACCUAUGCCCAAAGCAUCCACCUCCAGUACCAGCGCGUGCCUUCAGGGAUCAUGCAGGGAGCAAGCGGCAUGUCCCUUAGUCCCGAGAUUAAGGCUCACCUCGCCGGCCAGAACCCGAUGCUGGCAUCAAUGCUGGCGCAGACGCCACGGCCUGUUCCCUCGGUGCCAACGUCCAUCGCCAACUCGAUCGUGUCGCAGCUGCCCCAGGAGCGGCUGCCCAAGAACCUCGAGAAGAAGCUCAUCCACACGCCGCCGACACCUGGUGGACUGUUGCAGCCGCAGCAGCAGCAACAGCAGCAGCAGCCGCAGUCGGUGAUGAUCAAGCAGCCACAGCCCGGUCGUCCCACUUCCCUGCUUGGUCUGGGUCCACAAGAAUCCAGCGCAAUGACGCUUCAGCAGCAGCGUUCCUUUGGUGGUGGCGGUGGCCUCAUCCAGCAGCAGCAACAGCAGCAGCAGGGCUUUCUCAGCAAGAUUCUCAUGAACAGCCCAGAUUCAACUAGGCGCGCUGUGCAGCUGGCGCAGCAGUCAUCUCAGGCUUAUCUGCCGCACACGACGAGCACGGCAGGGUCCAGCUUUAUCACGGCCGCGAGUGGUCCGGGUGCAGUGCUGUCGGAGCUCCUCAAUGAUUCGCGCAUCCCGGCCAGUAUUGUGAAUGCAGUCAACUCCUCAUCCGCAGCGUCGCUCUCCGUGGCUGCCGCAGCGGGGGGCGCAUCAGCUGACCAGCUGCUGUCGCAAGUGCUGGAUGAUGUGUGGAGCCUGCAACAGGAGCUGCAGCCGGGUGUGGAAACGACGACAGCCUCGGAGGAGACGGUGCUACUGCGACUGCUUGAGGAAGUCCUGGAUGGUCCGCAGCAGGCGCAGCCCUCGCAGGGGCCGCAGGGUGGUCCGCAGGGACAGCCCGACCUGAGUGAAAAGAUGGCCAUCAGUGCCAUCCAGCAGCAGCUGAUGAGCUUCGAGUCACAGUCCCCGCAGCAACAGCAGCAGCAGCAGCAGGCUCCUCUAUACGCGGGGCCCGGGUCCUCCGCAUCUUACCAGGCAGCUCCUCCUCUGUACAGCAACACAGCUGCUCAGAGGCUGCGAAUGGCUUCCCAACAGCCGCAGCCAGGUCAGCAGCAGCAGCAGCAGCAACAGCAACAAGGGCUGCGCCAGUAUGCUCCCAGUGUGGCCAGCAUGGCAGGCGUGUCUCCGCAGAUGCGGCGCAACCUUCUGGAGCGCCGGCAGAAGAUGUUCCUGCAGCAGCAGCAGAAGCGUUUGCUGGCUCAGCAGCAACAGCAGCAGCUCACCAUGCAGACGCAGCAGCAGCCGCCCGACACGUUCGGACCAGAGAGCAUCAACGAGCUGUUGAACCACGGCGUGGCACCACCCAACAUUGCCAUUCAGCACAGCUACCACCUGAGCCAGGCACAGGGCAGGGACCUGCAGGAGAGAAUGAUGAAGAUAUUCAGACCGAGAGGUGGAAUGUCUGGUGGUGAGGCGCCGCAGCAGCUGUCCCCACGGUUUGGGGGUGUGCUCAGUCCUCCUCAGCAACAGCCCCAGCAGCUGUCUCCAGGGCAGCGGUACUCGCCCCAGCAGCCGCAGCCACAGCAGGGAGGCGGCUUCCCUAGUCCAUACCCAAGUCCCGGCUCCCCUCACUUGGGCUCUCCCGGCGGUGGUGGGGGCAAUGGGCCCCCCCAGUGGUCCCCACGGCCCCAGGCUGCGUCCCUCCAGCAGCAGAACCCCAUGCUCAAUGCCCAGCUCUCACAGGGUACAUUCGGCGCGCAGCAGCAGCAGCAGCAACAGCAGCAGCAGCAGCAGCAGGCGCGCUUUGUGAGCCAGGCACGGCAACCUCAGCCCCAGCCCCAGCAGCAGAUGGCUGGAGGGGGCCUGCGGCCAGCGGCCAGCCCAGGGGCCGGCCUGUCUCGAAACCCGUCGCCCUUUGGGGAGCAGUUUCCCUUUGCUCCAGCCAACAGGGGCGGGCCCUCCCCUGGUCCUCCUCCCCAGCACGGUCGCCUGCAGAGGGCCAUGUCUGUGCCAGCGGCUGCUCGGGUGAACUCUCCGCGGACACCGCAGCAGCAAUCGCAGCCUCAGCCUGGCUUUGGGGGUGACCCACUCCUCUCUCCACCGGGGCCCCAGAUGUCACCGGGGAGUGCGUACGGGGCCGCACCUGCGUCGGCAGCGCCCGUCUUUGGUCUGGACGCUUCCUCCCAGUUCAACUUUGAACAGCACUCCCUUCAUGGGUUUGGAUCCGACAGGAGCCGAGUCGGGGGCAGCAUGCCGUCUGAGUAUGUACGCCAGGAACUCAGGGCCAUAGUUGGAGCCCGCACACAGGGACAGCAGCAGCAACAACAGCAGCAGCAACAGCCUCAGCAGCAGCAGGCUCUGCAGCAACAGGGGGGCGGUGUCCGGGGCAGUGGUGGGGGCUCCCUCUCCCAAGCAGACCUCGAAGCCCUGGGCCUUCAGCUGGAGCUGGGGGGCGGACCUUCAGAGCCUGGCUCCCCCCUCUUCCCAAUGCUGGCACCCUCAGACACUCCGCCAGCACAGCCUACACCCAGGGUUGAUGACAAGCCUAGCAGCGACCAGCGCAAGAGUUUGCUGCAGCAACUGCUCUCGGAGCCCACCUAGGGGCAGCUGGCCGGAGAAGACGCUGCACACCGCUGGCUGCCGACAACUGCUCGGCGUGGCCUAGCCAGUGGAUGAAGACGUCUCUCCCUCUUGUGUGUGUGCGUGUGUCGUGUGGAUGUGUGCUGUACUGCGAGCACCGGCAAGCUCUCACUCUGCAUUGACAGUGGUGUUAGUGGCUGCAGUGGUGGUUGGGGGAGGAAAGUGCAUCAGCAGGACAGCGACUUUUGUUUGUUGUGGUUGCCGCUGCAAACUGCUCUUCAUCGUCCCCCCCCGCUGCAACACGGCACCUGCCAGUGGGACACCAGUGUGUGCCGCGGAGCAGUGCCGGAACGCCCCUUUGUGGAAGUGCGGUGUCGUUCUUGUUCUUGUUGUUCCUCCUCCUGUUCCGCCGCCAGUGUGUGUGUGUAUGUGACGAAGAAACUGACCAUGACGGCGGCGGUGUUACGUGACUUGACUCUCUUGGAGAAAGGAACUGCCGUGGCAAGGAGGACUAUUCUCAAGCCCACCGCUCCUCAUUUUUUUGUACAUAGGUGUAAAGCAACGCCGUGCGUGCGCCCAUCCUCAGCAGUGUGAUCAUGACACAAGACUGCUUCUCUUUAUUAUUUUUGCUGCCGCUGCAAGUGUAGUUUAGGGAACAGUGUUUUCUUGUUUUCCUCCUCUCCUGCCCUUCCCACUACACACAGUGACUGUUACGGACGACGAUGACUAUGUGGGUUACUCUUAUUUUUUCUUUCCCCUCCUCUUCCUAACUGCACUCAGCCUUGCCUUUCUUGCUCCUGCAGUGGCACUUGUUAACUACUAAGAGUUGUUUUUUUUGCUCACCCCUGUUUUCAGAUCCACUUCAUUAUUUGUUUUCUUUAGCAUUCUGUCGCCCCUCUCGGCUAUACGUGUAGUGUCUUCUUUGCGUGGAGUCGUUUUCUCACCUUUUUUCUUCCCUUCCCCUUUUAGAAAAACGUCCGCGUCCCCCCCUCUUCUUUCUUUGUUAUUGUUGAAGUGCACAUCUUGUGUGCUUUUUGCCGCUCUCUCUCAGUGCAUUCCUCUGCACCUGUGAUUAGUCUUUCCCUCACUCUUAGCGGGUCAUCGAGACGCGGGGCAGAGGUCGUCGGCUUUCUCUGCUGUCCUUCCUUCAACCAAACUAUGGUGGCAGCAGUCAUGGCGUUGAGACAAAUCUUUCUUCCUGUCUGACCUGCUAAUCUUCAUUGUUUGAGCAAAAGAAGCACAGUCCAUCAUCUUUACUUUAGGGGCUUGUCAUUUCCAUAGCGCUUUCGCCAUUUCGCAGCAACCUCCGUUGUUUGUGUGAAUUGUUUUUUAAGGCGGGGUGAAGAGAAGGGCCUGGUGAGCGGAAGGAGGUUGUUUUCCGCUGGCAGUGUGUUGAUAUUGAGUAGUAGAGCUGUUGACGAAGGAUUCUGUGAUGGCAAAAGAAAAAAAAAAGCACUUGGGGGGAGGAGGUUUUGUGAAGCACAGCGUUCUGUCCAGUGGACGGGGGGGGUGUUGCAAGCAUGUCUUUUUUGUUUCCUUUAUGAAUGAAAGAGGGGGCUGGGAUUUGUUGCGUGGUCGUCGUUCCAUUGUUGCAUUGUUUUCACCCGUUUCUUCUUUUCCCUCUUUUUCUUUCCUUUCGUCGUAGUGUUUGCUUUCUUAGUUAAGGACGUUUUGCAUUGCCACUCGCUACUCCAAUCUGGCCGACAUACACAUAUAGUGUUGUUAUCACCACCCACAAUCUAAGCACAAUUUGCACCCCCCCUCCCCCAUUUUGAGGAAGUGGGGCCGUCUACCUCACUGGCCACACAUCAAGUGCGGCGUCGUCUUGUGCAGAUUUUUUUCUUCCCCCAAUCCUCGUAAUCCUAUUUGUUGUGCCCCACACCCUCUGGGCUCACUUUUGUUCUUCUUCUUUCCUUCUCUAUCAUGCCUCGUGUACAAAUUGCCGCUAGAAGGGGGGGCACGCCUCAGCUGUCCUCCACUUUCGGCAGCAGAGAUUGAUAGCCGUUUUAUUGACUGCGACAGGCGGUGCAAGGUGCGUGGAUGGGUUGGGGGUUCUUGACAUUUGUAGUUGGUUGCGAGGGUUUGUUUUUUGAUGUUUCCCUUGCCACGUGCACUGGCAUUGUAGUUGUUUAAAAAAAAAAAGAGUGCAUGUUGACGGAAGCUGCAUGAUGUCUCGCAGAGCUUCCCAUUGUGUAAAUGGUUUUACUGUGUGGGUUCCUGGCUCACGGGGAAGAGUGCUUGCUCAUCCAAUGGAGGCAGAGAAGAAGCUGUUCCUUCCGUGGUGCUGAGGGCUAAUUUGAAUGCCUGGAUGGUCGCAGUUUUGACGCCCCUCACGUGCAGGGAGAAUUGCUGUUGUGUUUCUGAUUACGGUGCGAGCUUUGGUUUGCAGUGUUUGACAGAUGAAAGGAAGCUUAGCUUCCUGCGUGGCACGUGACGUUGAAUGCGACUAUAGGCUGCAGCGCAGCGCUCGACUUGGAGGUACCUACGGGCAUUUUCACUUAGGGGUGUGCAUUGCCGGGAAUGGUUGCGGGACGGCAGAGGGCACUGGUGAAGUUUGUUUCGUCUUUUUCUCCUCUGCCUGUCGCUAACUGCGUAAGCGAUGCUCACUCACGAGAGGCCCUGUGCUGAUACUCGGCCGCAAACGGGAAGUAGAUGUGCGUGUGGCUACCCCGGCACCCUGCAUACUUUUAUUGCGAACUGGGCGCUUGGAUGUUUUUCAGGCUGCUUGGCGUAAUGCUGUGAUGGUCUUCUCAGGCAGGAGUCGCAACUUAAGAAAAAAAAAUACCAGGCAGAUAGCUAGAGUAAAAAAAAAAAGGAAAUAGCGUUGGAUAAUUUCGUCGCGUGCCUUUUUCUCUUAACCAGAAGUACUAUGGUCUGGGUGGGGGAGCCAAGUGAGCCCACCCUCUGUGUUGAAAAAGAUAUAUACAUAUAUAUAGAAAAAAAAGGGGGGUCAGCAAAUGAGUGCUGUGCACGAGGGGUGGUGUUUUGCCGUGCUGUUGUCAGUGGUUGUUUUUCUUUUUCCACUUGCUCUCUCUCUCCCUUCCCUUUCUUUUUCUAGUAAAUAUUAUAUGAAUCAAUAUACAUAAAAUAUAUAUAUAUAUAUAUUAGAUACAUAGUCAUUUAUAUAUGUGUUAUGAAGGGGCAGAGGAGAGGCACUUUUUUGGGGCAACGGCUUAUAAUAAGCAAAAUGACGAGAAGAAUAAAGAAAAACUUACCAAGCUUAUAUAAUAGUCAUGCUGUGACAAGAGUACAAGUGGUGUCUUUCCUUCACAAGGUUCAGCCCUGACCAAGGUGCUUGCUUUUUUUUUUUUUUUUUUUUUCCGGAUGGCUUUUAUUGUAAAUUUCUUCCAGUUGGGCUGUCGUCUAGACGCAGUUGGUUACUUGGGUGUGGUAGCGUUUUUGUUACCCUAGGGACAUGAUAACGUCUUUCUGGUGGCAUUCUUUCAGGGUGCACAGACAGGAGAGAGAGAGAAAAAAAAUUAAAGGGAAAGAGGGAACGAGAAAACUGUCCACAUGCCUGCCUAAACGUUUUUGAGAAGCAGCUCAAAACAAAGAUGUCCGCUGCUGCCGGAGCUAUUUCCUUUUUUCUCUACAUCUAGGGCCUUAAAAACAACUGUUACUAUUCUGCUACUGCGUUAAAGAUACUAUAUAAAUAUAUAUAUAUACACACACAAGACAGAGAGGAAAAGACAGAGGAAAUAUAUAUCUAUAUACAUAUAUGUGUGGCCAUUUUGUGUUGCCCACUUGGGACCGAGGGGGAAAAAAGAUGCUAUUUCUCUGCUGAUGUUCUUUGAGACUAAACAGAUUUAAGAGAAAAAAAAACUUAGCGCGCAGAGUGUUUUAUUGAUAUUUUUGUAAUUUGUGAUGGGCCUGCAUGACGAGUCUCUCUCUCUCCCCCCUUGGAAUAUCCCUCCUUUUAAAAAAGUUCGUAGGCUUUGCAUGGCAAGCACUACAUUUCUUUUUUUCCUACCCCUCUUCACGCUGCAGCUAGGGUUUGUCUCGGCUUCCAUUUUAGCGGCCUUGAUUUUGUAUUUUACAGCGUCUCGGUCUCAAUUGGCCUGCUUUUUUGGCUUUGAAGCGUAUUACUGGCUCGUGGACAGGAUUGGCCCACAUGGCCAGCCAGCCACUGGUGAGCUUAAGGGCGUUCAGUAAAAGAAAGUUCGUAAGAAACCUGGGUGCGAGAGCAAUAGCUGUCCUGCAGUUCCAGGUCAUGUUUUAGGUGUGUUGUCUCGUUCACCUGCACUGCCCACUCUUUUCUUAAACUGCCACCAUUUGCCGUGACAGCUGUGCCCACCUCUCUUUAAGGAGUGAAUGGUGUGCCGACGCUGAAAACGAUGCGCUUGCCCGACUACUUAGUGUCUGAAGCCAGUGCUGUGUUUAGUGAAUGGAUUUUUUUUAGCUUUUUCUUUGAAGCUGUGUUUAAGGAAGUUGGCGCUGUGCAUUGUAAGAGCCGUACAGCGUGGCAUGCUGCGCAAUUGUCCGCAAUGCGAGUGUGCCGAGAAAGCUGAGCCCGUGGUUGUGGUGGAUUUUGGUUAAAACAAUCUCAGGACCUUGUUUGAGUGUCAACGAAAUUGAAAGGAUCGCUCCCCGGCCCCCCACCCUUCUUUUGUACAGCAUUGUCUGAAGAUUGCCUGCGUAGGUCUCCGCUGUUAUGACUGAUCUCGAUUGUCAUCUUCUUUGUUUGCCGAGCGUCCCUUGACUUGAAGCUGCUGUGAUGCCGUUGAUGAUUGCGAGCAGAGUUUUGGAGAAAGUGCUGUCGUUGGGGCCGUAUGUUUAUGCCAGGCUUGAUGCAGCCGUGACCGCUGUAUUUGGCUCUGCUGUUGUGAAUUGCAGCUUUGUUGAUGUGGCAGUUUUUUUUUUUUUUUGUUUUUGUCGUACGUUAACUUCAGUUCAAUCGUGGCCACCUUCUUCAAAUGUAUUAUGUUGUGCAGUGAUGGUUCAACCAUCAUUAUUGUAAUAGUUGGCUUGCACUAUGAGUUAGUGCUAGAAGCAUGUUCAAGAUUAGGUUGAGCCAAAUCAGGUUUGAACAUAAAGCGACGUGUCUGCUAGGAUUACUUUCAAAACUCCCCCCAUGUUUAAAGUAGUCGUGGCUGUAGCGUGGCAUAAACAAUUCUGCCCUCGUGCGUGGACUGGUGUAGUACUGGCAGAAGACAGCAGCGACACUUGUCUCCCUGGCAGGGCUCUCGAUCUCGUGCGUGGAUGUGUUCGGGCUUACGUGUGCACACAAAGGAACGUUGACAGCUGGCACAUGCACAGUGGCAUUAACUGUUCCACGUUUCCGUUAUGGUUUUGCACCUCUUGCAACAGGUGGGCCAUACUUGUCUGUUGCAGGUAAACCAGCUUGUCUAUCGGUUAAUGUUUAAGAGCGAAGCGCUUUCUUCGGAACUCGACGCGUCACACUGCACCGUUCUCGCAAUCUCAGGUGCAAAUGGUGCCGUCUACUUAAAGGUACGCACUUUUUGUCUCGCUGUUCCGUGGCACUGUGCCCAGUCCGUGUUCUGUCGCAUCGCUUGGCAUAGUUUUCAGUUGCGCACUUUUGUCUGGGCACAUAGUAAGGAGGAUUCAGCUCAAUCACUGUUGAUCUGUCCGUGAGAAUCGCACUGGUUAGUCAAUGCGCGGAUUCACGCAGGCCGUGUUUCCAGGGGCUAGUGGAUGGAGGGAAUGGUGGGAAGUGGAGCAGGCAUUGCAUGUGGUCGUGGUGCCCACGAGGUGUGGUGGAAUUGUCAAAUGAGUGUCGCCGCUGUCUACUGCCAUUACGCGAAGGAGGAUGUGAUGAACGCAUCUACUUUAAUUUCAUUUUGCCAGGAUGCUAUACACAUAGUGGUCAUGCCUGCUUUUGUUGCUGCCAUCGUUUGCAAGGCCGUUGUGUACAUUUCCUUUUUUUUAAUUCCCGCCGCGUGCGCACGUGUUAGCUCUGUAUGAGAAAGAAGGUUGUUGUUUUUCCUCCACGCGUGCGUGUAUUUUUCUGCCCCUCGUGUACAGUGAUGAUGGCGAUGUUCGCCGCCCCCUCCUCCCUCCCUUCCCCCUCACCCCACCUGCCAAGGCUGUGUUUAUCUCCUCCCCGUGUGUGCAUGUGCGCGUUGAACUUUUUGGCCAGCACGAUGUGAGGGGCGUCUAUUAGUCUCUUAACCUUAAAAGAAAUAAUGUUGUAUUAUACUUGUCUUUAUCGUUGAAGAGGCAAAAAAAAGCAGAAGCAUUGUGUAGUAUACGGAAAGAAAAAAAAAAGAUAGUGUUCUUGAUUUGUGGCAAUGCACUGUGAGUUUUUUGUUGUAUACAAAAUAAUAUACUAUUAAACAGCAUGUAACAAAUUACAUGUGAAAGCAAGAAAGCGA